GCUGCAGAAGGAGCUGAAGAACCUGUGUGUGGAGGAGGGCCAGCUGAAGCGAGCUCUGGACAUGAAGCUGAACAUCCGGCGGCAGAAGAAGGAGGUGAAGGAGCAGCACGUGAAGGAGGUGCUCGGCCAGUGCACCCACAUCCACCAGAGGCGCGAGGAGAUGGCCGACAAGAUCCAGAAGAUCUCCGGCCAGACGCAGCAGCUGAGGGCCGAGAUCAAGAGCCUGAGGGACGUCUGCGGCGAGGAGACGGAGAAAGCCCAGGCCAUCUACAACACCCUGUCCGCCGCCGUGGACAAGCUCCACCAGCGCAUCCAGGCUCACUCCAGAGACCUGAAGCUCGCCGCCGCCAAGAUGUCUGCAAACAUCUGA